UGUGUUAGGGGAGCAAUGAGCAUAAGGAAGCCAGCCUGCCUGUUCCUCCCCCUUCCUAAUCAUAGCCUUUACUCACAGACAAAACUCCCUCCCUCUCCCAUUCACUCACUCACUUUAGGCCAAUCCGUCCUCUCCCUCUCUCUCCCUCUCUCUGUGUCUCUCUCCUACUCUGAGACAGAGUCAGAACUCUUCUCCCUGACAGCCACUAACAUCUACAGCACUUAUUGCAUUCAGAGAGGGAACCUGCAAACAAAACUUCACAGAAAACUUUUGGUUCUUGUUCCAGAGAAUUUGCUGAAGAGAAAGAAAAACAAACAAACAAACAAACAACACAAACCAGCCCCCAAAAAAACUGUGCGUGAAGGGGGAGGAAAAGCAGGGCCUUUUAAAAAGGGAAUCACAACAACUUUUGCUGCCAGGAUGUCUUUGCUUUGGAAGAGAGGAUUUCUGUUGGUGAUUUGCUGGAUUAUAGUGAGGAGUUCCCCAACCCCAGGAUCCGAGGGGCACAGUUCAGUCACUGACUGUCCAUCAUGUGCCCUCACCACGCUCUCGAAGGAUGUGCCCAGCUCACAGCCUGAGAUGGUGGAAGCAGUAAAGAAGCACAUACUGAACAUGUUGCACUUGAGGGACAGACCUAACAUCACCCAGCCUGUGCCCAAGGCAGCACUUUUAAAUGCCAUCAAGAAACUCCAUGUGGGAAAGGUGGGAGACGAUGGCUAUGUGGAAAUAGAGGAUGAUGUUGGAAGAAGAGCAGAAAUGAAUGAAGUUGUGGAGCAAACCUCAGAAAUCAUCACUUUUGCAGAAUCAGGAACACCCAAGAAAACGUUGCACUUUGAGAUUUCCAAGGAAGGCAGCGAAUUAUCGGUGGUCGAGCAUGCUGAAGUGUGGCUCUUCUUGAAGGUCUCCAAGGCCAACCGGAGCAGGACAAAAGUCACCAUCCGCCUGUUUCAACAGCAGCGGCAGCCGAAGGGCAACUCUGAAGGAGCGGAAGAUAUGGAGGAUGGGGGGCUAAAAGGUGAAAGGAGUGAAACUCUGAUUUCAGAAAAAGCAGUAGACACUCGAAAGAGCACGUGGCACAUCUUUCCUGUCUCCAGCAGCGUCCAGCGACUCCUGGACCAAGGCAAGAGCUCCUUGGAUGUGCGGAUUGCCUGUGACUUGUGCCAAGAGACCGGGGCCAGCCUGGUGUUACUGGGCAAGAAAAAGAAAAAGGAAGAUGACGGGGAAGGGAAAGAGAAGGAUGCUGGAGAACUCACAGGAGAAGAAGAGAAGGAGCAAUCGCAUAGGCCCUUCCUAAUGAUGCUUGCCCGGCACUCAGAGGACCGCCAGCACAGGCGGCGGAGGCGAGGCCUGGAGUGUGAUGGCAAAGUUAACAUCUGCUGCAAGAAGCAGUUCUUUGUCAGCUUCAAGGACAUAGGAUGGAGUGACUGGAUCAUUGCACCUACAGGUUAUCACGCUAACUACUGUGAAGGAGAGUGCCCCAGCCAUAUAGCAGGCACAUCUGGUUCAUCAUUAUCUUUCCACUCCACUGUAAUCAACCAUUACCGUAUGCGGGGCCACAGCCCCUUUGCCAACCUCAAGUCGUGUUGUGUGCCCACCAAACUGCGGCCCAUGUCCAUGCUGUACUACGACGACGGCCAGAACAUCAUCAAGAAAGAUAUACAGAACAUGAUUGUGGAGGAGUGUGGCUGUUCAUAGGCACGUGUGUGCACAAGACCCUUCUCUUUAUGUUGAGAAGAAAGUGUUUUAAAAGCCCAAGAAGAGAAAAAACCUGGCAUGAUUUAUAACUUUUUUGAAUGAAACAAUCAUCUGAAAUACAAAACAAAAAGAAAAAAAGAAAAAGAAAAAAAGAAAAGGAAAAUUAAAGGAAAAAAAAAGAGGGAAAAGUUUUUUUUUUAAAAAAAAAGACUUAUGGAGGAGAGAAAAGGAGUACAGCUAUUAAGAGGAAGAAAGCUUCGUGAACCCAGGCUUGAAUGAGCUGCGUUUGAAUGGCGGUAUGGGUUGGGGAGUUUCUCCUUCCUUUCAGUACGCUCCUUACCUUAUUAGACAGUAUAUUAAGCAUUAGUUAUUACUAGAGGAGUUGCGUUCCCUCUUCUGGUUACCCAUCAGUUCGAGCCUUGGUAGCAGCUCACGUAACCUGCAGCAGUUUGGACUGAGUCCAAAACGUCAUUGAAAUUCCUUGAAAAGCCAUGUGUAUGAACACUGCAUUCACUGGCACUUUCCUCCCAAAUUUACUGAGGAACUGAGUAGGUGUGUGGUGUUUGUGUGGAUAUGUAUGUGUCUACGUAUUUCUGUACGUAUCGCUAUGCAUACAGGCACUACACACUUACACGCAUUUACUUUGAUAAAGGGACAAAAUUGUGCAGGUGUACACACCUCCAUCUUCUGCACUACAUUUGCAAAAAAGAAAAGAGAGAAAAAAGAAAAAAAAGAGAAAAGAGAAAUGAAGAAAAAAGAUUUAAAAAGAACGAAUGAAAGAAUAAAAGUUACAUUCUGUAAAGGUGCUUACAAUGUUAGAACUAUGCAACCUAGUUGGUUUGAAACUGUUUACCUGCAAGAGAAAGAAAAAAAAAAAAACAAAAAAAAAAAAACAAAAAAAAAAAAACCAGAAAGACUUUUUUAUAAAUGGAAGUAACUUGUUUAAAAAAAAAAAAAAAAACAAACAUUCUUCAGUGAGAGAUACUUGAAAGGAAUAUGUUUGUCCAGUUACUGGAGCCAAACAUUUCUAUAUUUUGUAAAAAAAAUUUUUAAUCGUUUACUAUUUGCACUACAAUGGUGUCUGACCUGUCUAAUCCUUAUUUAACAAACAUUUGCAAGGGAGGGUGGUUGGGUGUGGGAGGGGUUGAGAGCUGCACUUAUUGUGAGCUAUACAAGAACUGCUACAGCACACAAAAUAGCUAUUUUUAUUAUUAUAAUUAUUAUUAUUAUUUUGUACCUUAAAGCGAAUAGACAUAUACACCAAAGACAUUCGUGCGAGCCUCUAAAAAGUCUAUUUGUGGUUGCUACCAUUCACCUGUAAUAAGUUACAGUUUGAAUUAGGGGUCAGUUGGUUGAUUCCAUUCAGGGCAGUACAUCUGCUAACCAGUUAAAUUAAAAUUCUACCCUAAACAGGAAAUUGCAAUUUGGAGUAAGCUCAGAAAAGCGCCCUGGAUGCAAGGCGCUUGGAUCCACAGUCCGUCUAAGCCUAAUUAUACUUGUUCUGCAUGUACAACACUUAGACUUAUCCCUGAUGCACAGAAACUGCAUCACUGGGAAACAAUUUUAUACAAGGGAUAUGCAUAUAUAUAUGUAUAUAUUUCUAUAUGUAUAUAUGUGUGCAUACACAAGGUAUAAGCACUUCUGGCUUCACUUUAGCGUUCUUAAAGCAAUGAAUGUUUGUGUGCAAAGCACAGUACAGUACAAACUUGUUUGUUUGUUACUAGCAAGCAGGAGGGAGCACAUUCAGAAUGGCAUUUGUGUGAGAGGAACCUCAAUCGGUGGUGUACGCUACGAAAGUAUCGAUGCAAAACUGCAAGCAGCUUUGGGCCCUGCCCACCUUCGCCCCUGCAAAUACAAAAAAAAAGAGUGGCAGUUGUGGUCGGAUUUCUGCUUGAAAUGCAGCCUUCAGCAAAAGGCUGGCAGUCUCAACCACCACCCUCUAGCACGACAACUCUUACUGGGUUUGCGCGUUACCUGUAAAAUGUAAUUUAAUUUUCAGUAUCAGCACCUAACCUGAAGGGUCCAACCCCUAGGGCAUAGGUAGAUAAGUUUUAAAAAAAAAUUCUAUUGCUGUCGUAUUUAAAAGAAUGUUAAAGUUAUAACUCGUGUCUUUGAGUAGGGGAGAUGAGAAGAGGGAACGGGAGAAACCUUUCGGCCCUGUUUACACUGAAUUUGAUAACCCUGAGCCUGAACUUUUGGACUCUCACAGGUUUGCAGGACCAAGCCCCUGUUCACUGCCUUCUGAUAGGAUGAGCUUUCAAAGGCCUCCCAGCAAAAGCAGCUCUAACACGGCUCCCCUCAUUGCUGAGAGCACAGUUUGUAAAAACAUUUAAAAAAAAAAAAAAAAAAAAGGAAAAAGGAAAA